AAACCCAAACGGCCAAACCCCAUUGCUCUCGGCCCGACUCGCCUGCUCCGCGCGACCCGGGUUCGCCAUCGCCUCCGCUCUUCUUCUUCUUCUUGCGAGAGAAGCAAAGCCCCGCGCCGCCACAGCCGACGAGGGUAGAUCGUCGGAGGGAGUGGGAGGAGGAUGUCUGAGGGCGGGGAGGAGGCGCGCCGCCGCGCCGCGGUCGCCGAGUACCGCAAGAAGCUCCUCAGCUGCCGGGAGCUCGAGGCGCGGGCCAAAACAGGGAGGGAGAACCAAAAAAAUUCAAAGAAAAACUUGGAAAAAACUGAAGAGGAUCUCAAAGCAUUGCAAAGCGUGGGCCAAAUUAUUGGUGAGGUGCUUCGACCUUUGGACAAGGAACGAUUUAUUGUGAAGGCUAGCAGCGGACCGCGGUAUGUUGUUGCCUGCCGAAGUAAAGUUGACAAAGAAAAGUUGAUUGCUGGUACAAGAGUUGUUCUUGACAUGACAACACUUACCAUCAUGCGCACUUUGCCACGUGAGGUUGACCCUGUGGUUUACAACAUGCUACAUGAAGAUCCUGGCAAUGUUAGUUACUCAGCUGUAGGUGGCUUGUCGGAUCAAAUAAGGGAACUCAGAGAAUCCAUUGAGUUACCGCUUAUGAAUCCGGAAUUGUUUCUCCGUGUAGGGAUUAAGCCGCCAAAGGGCGUGCUACUAUAUGGUCCACCUGGAACUGGGAAGACACUCCUAGCUAGAGCCAUUGCUAGCAACAUUGAUGCUAACUUUUUGAAGGUUGUUUCAAGUGCUAUCAUUGACAAGUAUAUUGGUGAAAGUGCACGCUUAAUUCGUGAAAUGUUCAACUAUGCACAGGAGCAUCAGCCAUGCAUCAUUUUCAUGGAUGAAAUCGAUGCCAUUGGUGGCCGAAGAUUUAGCGAGGGCACAAGUGCUGAUCGUGAGAUUCAAAGGACAUUGAUGGAGCUUCUAAAUCAGCUAGAUGGAUUUGAUGAGCUUGGGAAGGUGAAAGUGAUCAUGGCAACGAACAGGCCUGACGUCUUGGAUCCUGCACUCCUUCGGCCUGGGCGGCUGGACAGGAAGAUCGAGAUCCCGCUGCCGAACGAGCAGGGGAGGAUGGAGGUCCUCAAGAUCCACGCUGCCGGAAUCGCCAAGCACGGUGAAAUCGACUACGAAGCUGUCGUGAAACUGGCCGAGGGUUUCAACGGAGCUGACCUGCGCAACGUCUGCACGGAAGCCGGCAUGGCCGCCAUCCGGGCAGAGCGCGACUACGUCAUUCACGAGGACUUCAUGAAGGCGGUGCGGAAACUGAACGACGCCAAGAAGCUCGAGUCCAGCGCGCACUACAGCGCCGACUUCGGAAAGGAGUGAAGAGCGAUGACCUGAUCCGGAGAUCGUCUGAUCGUAGUGCAAGUCCUGUUACUGUUAGGCCAUCAUUUUCUCCUAACCUCGGGCGGAAGAGCUCUCAUCCUGACGCUAUCGGAGCAAACAAGUCACUAGUUUCGUCAGAUAGAUUCCAGGAUGGAUGUGGCUGCAAGCAGGUCGGCGUAAUGUAAACUUGGAAUUCACUCUGAAACUGAUCACGUUGAUGAGAAUGAACCAGACAGUAGCUCAUCUUACACGUGCAUCGCUUGCUUCUCUGCCAUGUUUGGUACUCAGAUUUGGCUCCUUUAGAUGCUCUUGGUUAAACGUGACCGAGUCAUGACACGUGGGACCCACUUGCCAGUGGCGUAAGGCGUUUGAUUGGAA